CUCCCCAGGGAAGGGAGGGCUCCCUGACGGACAGAGCAGAGCCUGAUUCUCGCCGUUCGCAGCACCAUCCCGAAGCCGACAAUGCUCUCUUCAAAAAAGGGCCCAGAUGCGGAGCGGGACGAGGGCGGUGACUCGUCCGGUGGCACGUGCCUGUCCCUGACCGGCCUGGUGCUGGCCGCUCUCGGUUGGGUGGGCACCGUGGCCUGCUGCGGGCUGCCCCUGUGGAAGCGGACGGAGUUCAGCGGGCAGACCCUGAUGGUGCGCCAGACCAUGGUGGAGGGCCUGUGGGUCAGCUGCAUCCUGCCGGGCGUGGGGAAGGCGAACUGCCGCACUUACGGCAGCUCGGGGAAGGAUGUCCCCCUCGAUGUCUACGUUGCCCGCAUCCUCACCGUGGCCGCCGUCGCGACGUCCUUCCUGGGCCUGGUGGUCAACUGCGCCGGGAGCCGCUGCUGUAGCCUGGUGGGGAGCCGGGCUCUCAAGGCCCGCUUGCUGACCGCCUCUGGCCUGUCCUUCCUGGCAUCCGGCGCGGCCGAGCUCCUGGCCGUCACAUGGCCGGCCUACGUCCUGGCCACCGAGUUCUACCACCCGCUGGUCAAUGAGGUGCUGGCCAUCUCCAUCGGGCCGUGCAUCCACAUCGGCUGGGGGUCCGGGGCGGUGCUCAUCGCCGGCGGCUCCCUCCUGGCCCUGCCCUGUUGCCGGAGGCAACGGCGCCGCUCCCGGGACUACACCAGCCCUUACUCCCCGGGCCGCGGCUCCGAACCCGCCGCCGUCCGCAAUUUCGUCUGAGG